UUUUCACUGAUGGAGAUGAAACCUCCUAUUUCGCGAGCAAAAAUGAUUCUCAUCACAAAAGCUGCCAUUAAAGCUAUUAAGCUCUACAAGCAUGUUGUCCAGAUUGUAGAGAAGUUUAUCAAAAAGUGCAAACCGGAAUAUAAAGUCCCUGGAUUGUAUGUCAUCGACUCUAUUGUUCGUCAGUCUCGUCACCAGUUUGGAACAGACAAAGAUGUUUUUGGGCCAAGAUUCUCUAAAAAUAUUACUGCCACAUUCCAGUAUUUGUAUCUCUGUCCAUCUGAAGACAAGAGUAAAAUAGUACGUGUCCUGAACCUUUGGCAGAAAAAUGGAGUAUUUAAAAUUGAAAUAAUUCAACCUCUUCUGGAUAUGGCAGCAGGAACUAGUGCCACUGCACCAAUGACAGAAAAUGCUACUAAUAAUGAAGGUUCGCCGCCCCCUCCAGUAAAGGUUCCUUCGGAGCCCCCUCAAGUUACUGCUAACUCAGUGCCGACUGUGCCACAGUUGCCCAGUUCUGAUGCCUUUGCAGCUGUAGCUCAGUUGUUUCAAACAACACAAGGACAACAGCUUCAGCAAAUUCUUCAGACUUUUCAACAGCCUCAAAAACCCCAGUCACCAGUCAUAGAUAACACUGUGAUGGCUCAGGUUCAAGCUAUUACUGCUCAGUUGAAAACUACAGCAGCACAACCACCAGAACAAAAAACUGCUUUCCCACCACCUGAGCAAAAAACAUCAUUUGACAAAAAGCUGCUGGAUCGGUUUGACUAUGAUGAUGAACCAGAAGCAGUGGAAGAUGCAAAGAAAGAAGAUUCAGCUCCUUCUCCUUCAGUUUCUCAGCCAGCUUUGACCUCUCUCUCAUUCAGUGCACAGGCUGGAUGGUGCUCAAUACCUGGUGGAUUUCCAGGAGAAGGUAUACAACAGCCAGUAUUUCCUCAACUCCCAAAUAUGGAUCCUUUUCAGCAGCGAAUGAUGGGAAUACAGCAAGAUCCAAUGCGUCACCAGGUUCCACUUCCUCCUAAUGGGCAAAUGCCAGGUUUUGGUCUCCUGCCUACGCCACAGUUUCCACCCAUGGCUCAGCCUGUGAUUCCGCCAACAGCACCUGUGCAGCAAACUUUUCAGUCUCCUUUUCCAGUACAGAGUGAAUCACACAUGCAAAAAACACAUCAGCAGGAUAUGGAGGUGGAACAGCCACCAAUUCAAGAGGGAAAACGACAUGUUUCUGACAACAGAAAGUCAAGAUCUAGAUCCGCAUCAAGGUCACCUAAAAGGAGACGUUCAAGAUCUGGCUCCCGAUCUCGAAGGUCACGUCAUCGUCGAUCUCGAUCUCGGUCCAGGGAUAGACGCCGACACUCUCCUAAGUCUCGGUCACAAGAAAGACGUGAACGUGAGAGGGAGAGAGAACGCAGAUCAAAAGGCCUUCCUCAGAUCAAGUCAGAAACUGUUAGUGUUUGUAGUACUACGCUUUGGGUAGGACAACUUGACAAAAGGACAACUCAACAGGAUGUUGGAAGUCUUUUGGAGGAGUUUGGCCCAAUUGAAUCAAUAAAUAUGAUACCACCUAGAGGAUGUGCCUAUAUUGUAAUGGUUCACAGACAAGAUGCUUACCGUGCCCUACAGAAACUGAGCCGAGGAAACUUCAAAGUCAAUCAGAAAUCUAUAAAGAUUGCAUGGGCUUUGAAUAAAGGAAUAAAGCCAGAUUACAAGCAGUAUUGGGAUGUAGAAUUAGGUGUUACUUACAUACCAUGGGACAAAGUGAAACCUGAAGAUCUUGAAAGUUUCUGCGAAGGAGGAAUGUUGGACAACGAAACUCUUAGUCCAGAGUGGAAGGGGAUUCCCAAGAAGUCUGAAAAUGAAGUGGCUCAAAAUGGAGGCGCAGAAGCUACACAUAAUGAACCAGUGUCACCUAUUCCUAAAGCUUUACCUGUUCCAAUUCCUGUUCCUAUGCCUGCACCAAUAACAGUACCUCCUCCACAGGUUCCACCACAUCCAUCAGGUCCUCCUGUGGUUGGUGCACUCCAACCACCUGCUUUCACAGCACCUUUAGGAAUCCCACCUCCUGGAUUUGCUCCUGGAGUGCCACCACCACCACCGCCUCCAUUUUUACGACCUGGUUUCAACCCAAUGCAUUUACCCCCAGGCUUUCUUCCUCCUGGACCACCACCACCUAUAACUCCUCCGGUAUCUGUUCCUCACACUCCGGCAGUAAACAUCCCAAAUUCUACAGCAACUGGUGUGAAUGAAGACACUACAAAAGAUUCAUCUGUAGGAAAUCCCAUCCCAACAGUGGUUUCUGGAUCCAGAGGGAAUGCCGAAACUACUGAUAGUUCCAAAAUAUAUGGGACUGUUCCACCUCCUGUAGCACCUACUAAUGUACCUGCUCCUGUGACCCAAGCUAUUCCACUUCUUGUGUGUUUCUGCCCAGAACCUUACAGUUUAUGCUGAAAAAAUCCAAAGAUUUGUGUCCCUGAGAGCUUACUGCUCUUAUUGGAUUUGAUGGCUAAAUUUUCCAGCCGUGACUAGUGAUUUUUGGAUCCUCAUGUUGGAAACCCGAAAUGAGACCCUUUUAAAAGGCAUUUUUCAAAAAGUGAAGAGCUGUUUCUCUCUGAAAAUCAGUCUGCUGAUAAAAAGUAUCAAAGCAGAUAUGCAAAACCAGAAGCUAAUUGUUUUAGAGUAUCUUGGACACUUGGCAAACAGAGAAAAGCUUAAAAAAAAUUCUGCAGUGACACCAUGGAUUGAGAGAAGUCUGUAGUGAUACAGAUUAUUGGACUAUACAUUUAAGACAUUCACAUCUUAAUGAUGAAGUUACGCUUUUUGUAAUUGUAAAACAGUAUUACCAGGUUUUUUGAAGUUUCAUGGUGCUAUGUCUUGUAUGGCAUAACUUGAACUUUUUAUUCCAAGCCUUUAGAAUGUAUUAAGUUACAAGAAAAAGGUUUUAGAAAAUUAAGAUUGAAGUGAAGUAAAUUACAUACCCACAUUAGUUACUUGGACAGUAGCUUUUUUUAAUUCUUACAAAUUCAAGGAAGCUGAAUUUGAGAAAUCGGAAGAUGAAGAACUUGCCUUUGUUUUUACUAACUUAUUUACUGAAUAGUUGAGGCAGAUAAAAUUGUCCAUGUGGUCAGAAUGACUUCUGUCAACAUUCAGUCUCAUCAACAAGGGGAUAGGAGAGUUUCUUUUUAUAAGAGUGCAUGUGUGAGCUUACAGAGUAGUCCUGAAGAAACAGCUUAGAGAUCUGUGUAUUUACUUAAGUAAUAGCAUUUUAUGUUGAUAAGUGUCUUAUUUCAAGAAGUUAUUUAUAAUCAAGGAGUAAUGUAAAAUCAUUCCAUCCUGACAUUUUGGAGUUAAGGGGGACUGUCCACAGUCUGAUAUAAGAUACAAGAAAACUAGAAGAAAAAGAUUAUAAUAUUUUACAUGAUUAAAGAUAAAAAAUUAGUAUCAGUUGUCUUUGCUUUUAAAACUUUUCAGUAGAUUUACACAAAUGAAACUAUCUUCUUAAAUCCACUUUGAUUCACUUAUCAAUUGAGCUUAGCUCUGCAUGUGAGAGUCUAGAUCUGGUCUUCCCUUAGGCUGGAAGAAAAACAUGAAAGAGGUCCUGUUUUCUGCCACUCAUGCUGAUCUAGAUAGCAAAGAAGUGUCCCUUGAAGUCUUGCCCUCCCCAUCCUGUGAGUUCAAGAGCUGGCCAGGCUGCAUCGUCAUUCCUUCCUUUUCAUUCUGUGUGUCAGGUUUCACUCCUAGGGAAAUCAAAGCAUGGGAAAUGGAGUGUGCCAGGGUUUCACCAUGUGUGCGAACAUGAGAUGCAAUCUACAUAUGCAUCCUGGUCCCGGAGCCCAGAAGUACUUGCAGGCUUGACAGUUUAAAUGUAGCCUUAGUGUCUGACCUACAGUCUUACACAGGUCAGUGGCAAAUGAACUGGACAAAAUAAAUGAGUAGGUACAGCAUCACCCUUGGUUAGCCAUGGGAAAGUGCAGGCAAGGGAAAUCAAAUGCUUCAGACUGAAGGACCUCAUGUUCACAAGUACAUGGUUUAGUAAUUUGAAUAGAUGACUGCUCGUGUGACUGGUUUCUCACGAAGUCCUUAAACCGCUUGUUAAACAUUCCCAUGAUGUGGCUCUCCAAGCUGAGAUAAGAAGGUGGAAAAAAGAUUUGUUUGACAGCAUCACGAAGUAUGUCAUGAGGACUCUGCUUGGGGAAAUAGGCAUGAAGGGGCUCGAAUAGUGUAACAUGAAGAAUGAAGAAAUGUCCUUCGGAUAUUUGGGCAGUAUAGAAGAACUUACUUCAGCAGGCUGAAUUCAAGGAAUGAAGAUUUCUCUGAAGAGACUGUCAUAGAAAUCUAAACUUAACCUUGCUUGAGAACACCUUUUGUAAUCUGUACAAAUGCAGGAGCUCUUUUCUAAUUUUUGUAACUUCAAAAUGAAACUUAUCUAUCUGUUCAGUUUUUAUAUGGAAGAUAUGUUACAAAGUAAUUCUAAAUUGAUUAUUGUAAGAUUUCAUAUGCUUUCUUAGUAAUGUAAGUUGCAUUCUGUUUCAUCUCACUAAUUUCAUUCGUUCCUCUAAUGUAAUUCUUUCAUCACUUCCAACAAAGACAUGUUUGUGCUUCAGAGGAGUGAUCCCUUGUGGACAUUUGUCUGAAUUUUUUUGUGCUUAUUUCUGAAA